CCUGCGGCAGCAUGAAAAAGAACCAGACGGUGCAGGGCACCUUCAGUAAACUCUUCGGGAAGAAGCAUGCCAGCCCCCCCAGCACCUCCCUCUACGCCACCAACCCGCCCUGGAUUUUCACCCAAGAGGCCCCGGAGGAGGGAAGCAGGGAUUUUGACGGGAUCUAUUAUGGAGACAAUCGCUUUAACACUGUGAGCGAGUCAGGAACAGCCACGCUGAAAGCUCGGCCCAGAGUCCGGCCCCUGCUGACCUUCCUUCCUCUGAAUGCCCAGGAAAACCAUGGACUGGCUGUUCCUACCCCCUCUGUCCCAGAAGACUUUGCAGACAAAGAAGUGACAGGUACUAGCUCCCUAGUCAAUGGCAACCUCCGACUGUACAGCUCUGUGGGGGACCUAAGGCCUGGGCAUUAUGGCCAAGAUCCACUCAUCCCCCCACCUCCCCCAGGCCCAGCUCCAGGGCCCCCCCAGGACACUUCACAGCUUUCAGGGGAGUCUUCACCACCACCACCACCUCCACCUUCCACAGCUCCCCCACCACCUCCCCUGCUGCUGGAACCCCCACCCCCACCUAGCAUGGCUCCACCUCCACCCCCAGUAUCUGGGGCCCUAUCCCCACCAUCUGCAUCCUCUCCGUCUACACCCACCCCUCCUGAUUUCAUUCCACCUGCGCCACCCUCAGUCUUUCUAGCCCCACCACCACCCUCUUUGCCAGCCCCAACACACCCAGUGUCUCCUCAUACACUGGAGACUCGUCUCAUUCCCUCCGGAGGUGUCACCAAGUGGAAAUCAGAGAUAGCACUGAAUGGCAAGCAGCCAGAGGGCCCCAGAACCAGCCCCUCCAGGAGUCCUGCUGAGCCAAAGGGGAGCACCCUGGGCUCUAACCCAGAGCCCCACCUCACCUUCCCCCGUUCAUUCAAAGUGCCUCCCCCAACCCCAGUCAGGACUUCAUCCAUCCCAAUUCAGGAAGCACAAGGGUCUCCCCCAGAGGAAGAAGGGGCCAGCAAGAAGGCUCCCAGCCGGCUCCCACUGCCUCCCAGCUUCCAAAUCCGCCCUGCAUCUCAGGUCUAUCCGGAAAGGGCCCCUGAGCCAGAAUGCCCUGGCCAGUCCCUGUCCCAGACAAAUGAACAAUCUGGGACUCCACCUCCAGCCCCUCCCCUGCCUCCACCUGCACCUCCACUCCCUCCCCCAGCACCCCCACUUCCUCCCCCAGCACCUUCCCUUCUCCCAGCUGCCCCUCCUUUACCUUCUGUUGAGAAGGUGCCCCCUCCCCCUACUGGGGUUAACAAAAGCCCCAAAUCCAUUUCUCCUGCUCUCAAACCCAAACCCAAGCCCCCUACCCCAGAGGACACAACCUCUUCGGCACCCAUGGACUGGCGGGACCCCAGCCAGAUGGAAAAGCUGCGGAGCGAGCUGGCAGCCUAUCUUUGUGGAUCCAGAAGAGAGGACCGAUUUCUCAAUCAUAGGCCAGGCCCAAUGGUGGCCUCUCAGGGCAAGGAGGGCAGGAAAGGCCCCAACCAGCCGGAGAAGGAGGUUCCUCCCAGCCUGCCAGAGAAAGAGAUCCCACCAAGCGUUCCUGACAAGGGUCUUAGCAGCAGUGGCCCACCAGAGAGGGAGGCAGUCCCUAGCCUGACCCUGCCCCCUGUGGAUUAUGUUUCCCAAGACUGCCCAGCUCCCAGUGUCCGGCAGAUCCGAAAUGAGCUGGAGGCCCGGCUUUCUUCAUCAGCAGACAAGGAAACCAAGCCCAGCAUAGGGUCUCUGCCUCCCAAACCUCGGCUAGAAGGGGGAAGAAUCUUUGAAAACAGGGCUGAUAAUGGCAGACUCUCCAAGCCUGUGGCCAAGAAUUCACCACUUCUAUCCACCACACCUCUGCCAACCACACCACUCCAGGCUAAGCCCACACUGGGGCCAGCAACACCACCCAAGGCCAUGCCUGGGCCAGUCAUGCCACCCAAGGCCAUGCCUGGACCAGCUAUACUCGGACCAGCCACACCACCCAAGGCCACACUAGAAUCAGCAACACCACCCAAUGCCACACCUGGGCCUGUGGUACCAUCUACAGCCACAACUCUGCUCACUACAUCAUCUCAUAUGAUGACCGAGAAAGAUCUAGUCCCAGCUGAGCAGUGGGAAAAACCAGAAUCUCAAGACAUUUCCAUUCCCUCCCAGCCAAGGGCAGAAGAGCCCUCAAAAGCCACUAGGCUGCCCACAGGAGUAGCUCUCUCAUCUCCAGCCCUCCCACCAAAGACAUCCCCUGGCCGGGCAGAGGCACCGUUUCUUUACAAGUCCCAUCGCAGUCAAAACAGCCCCAGCAAAGAGGUUGCUGUGGUGACGCCCACCCUGUCUAGAGGAGAGGCUGCAGGGUUGGAGGAGCCUGCAGAGAUGAAGGAGUCCCAGGGGCUGCCAGCCAAAUCCUGUGCCUCAGUCCAGCCUGCUGAUGAACUCCUUAGGCACCCUGUAACCGGGGAAGUAGUGGAGCCCGGCUCCCCCAUGGCCCUGCUCCUGGCAGCCCGGCAGAGGGCGCAGAAGGGGAGGCCUGGAGCAGCUGCCCUAGGUCGGUCCUCCUUGCCAGGGAGUCUCCGUGGCUACACCCGCCAACCCGAGGCCGGCUCUAACAGCAUCUUCUACAGUGAGGGCCGGCCCAACUCCUUCACUGUGGUCCCCAAGGAACCUGAGAAGGACUCCCAGCUGACCUCGUCAGCGCAGCCCACUGUACUCAGCAAAUGGAAGCCCCAGCUCCGAAGAGACCCAGAGGGCACAGAGCCAAGCCCCAAGCACAAGUGGACAAAGGCAGAACCCCAGGCCCCCGUGGCCUGGGAAAGACCAGCUCCUUCCAAAGUCCCACAGGGCCGCCAGUUACCCAAGUCUUUCUCCUCCCCACCUUCCCCUUCGUACAAGAGAGAGCAGGAGGAAGAGGAAGAGUUCAGCUUUGAGGUCAUCCCGCCGCCGCCAGAGUUCAGCAAUGACUCCGGGCCCCGGGCCCCAGCCCUUCAGUAUCUGGGCCGCCGCAGCUCCCCUCCCCGACACAACUUCUCAGACUUGGGAUUCCCCCCGAACGCGGGCCCUGCGGAGCCCUCGACUCGCGGCUUCUCGCGCUUCCAUGCGGAUGAGCGCUACUCUGGGGCCGGGGCUGGGGCCGGGGCCGGAGGCUUGGAGCGCUUCUCCGCUGGGGGCCGUUCGCUCAUCAAGAAGCGCCUGUACGUCGGUGAACCCCUCCGCAGCCCCGGUCCGCCACGCGGAGGCACUGGCCGCAGCCUGAGCUCCCCCAACUGCUUCGGGCCGCAGCCUGGGGGGCCCUUUGGAGCGUCCGGGGGCCCCGAGAUGAGGCGCGUCAACUCCGCCAGCCGCGCGCCCCCCGGCGGCCUGCACGCGCGGAGACUGUCCCUGGAGGGCGCCGCCCGGGGCGCCGGGGACGCCAAGCACAAAGCGCCAGGGGGCGCCGACUACGGCUUCGCCCCUGCUGCGGGCAGGUCUCCUCACAGCACCCCUCACUACGGAAGCCCUAUCAACACGUUUACUGUGAGGCCUGGGACCCGCCAUCCCAUCUCCUACGCCUACUCGGGGACUCAUCGGAAAGCCACCUCCUGAGUCCAGGGUUCUCUCAGCUCUGCUCCAAGGGGUUGGAUCUGGGCACUUGCUUUUGAGGGUGGUGGGAGGGACACAGCAGGUGUUAGACAGCCUGCCUCCAAUGGACGACAACGGAUGUGGAGGAAGUUUUGUUCCCUUCAGACGGAUGGACAAUGAAUGAGAAAUAGCCAGUGACCUGUGCAGACGGGGUGGGCUUCUGUUUCCCAAAGCGCUGGUGUAGCUGUAGACUGUUUACACAUAUGGGGGAUGGGAGGGGAAGGAGGGAAGACAGGCGGAACCUUUAAGGGCCUGGGCACUGAGUUUCUGAUAUCUAGUACUAUCUGCUUUAACAAGACUUAUUUAAAGCAGUUUUACAAGCAAGUCCUACUGAGCAGGUUCUAAAAACAAGAGGUGGGGCACUGACUCUGUCAGGCUGUCAUAGCGGGCCAAGGCCCAGUCCCAACCAGGUGGGGGUGCAGGGCACUACAGGUAGAUCUCUUUAGCUUCCGUGGUUGCCACCCCAAGAGGUGAUACCUGAGGUUCCUAGCCACAUUGAGGUGGGACCAGGAAUGUACAUGUACAACAUGUGGAGAAAGCGCUGGAACAGAAGCCCUUUCCUUGGCCAAGGGCAGAAGUAGGAGGAUUGAUGGUUCAUUUUUUCCUUGGCCCUGACCCUUAGCUACAGGCAGACCUAGAGAGUGGAAAUUUGGCAAGUUUGGGAUGGGAGAGUGAGGAUUAAGGCUUGCUCCUCUAUCUGUGCAGCCCUGAUUUGGGGAUUGGGCCCCAGGAGCUAUGAGGUCUGGGGCUUGAUAUCAGAGAUUUUAUGUGGCCAGUUCUUAUAUGAGAUUUGGGGGGGCAUUGUUCCUAGCCCUGAUACUAGUCACCAAUAUUAUUAAGGCCUUAAAAAGUGUAGCCAGGAUGGAUGACAUUGGAGAGUGAGAGGUAGCAGAGAUGGGUCUGAGGUCUGAGGAAAAUUUGCUGCCAAUUAGGAAUGUGUUUUGGAAAGUCAAGAGUAGUAGGGCUAGGCCAGUUCAGAGUAGUGGAGACCUAUCAGCAGAGAUGGGAAUAGAGGCCUGAGAAGAAGUUGCUGCCAAUUAGGAAUGUAUUUUUGGAAAGUCAAGAGUGGUAGGGCUGGACCAGUUCAGAGCAGGGGAGACCUGUCAGUAGAGUGACCAUUUGUCCUUUACCUGGACAGUCCAGGUUUAUACUUGUUCUCCAGUGAAUCAGACCCCCUUCCACUUAAAAGAAAAAUACUGGUUUGGAUGAUAUAUGGUCACCAAACAUAUCAGGAAAUGAUAUUUCUUGGUUUGUUUCCUGUGUCUUCAAGUCCUGGGAGCCGUUAGUAAGAAGGAAGCACAGGGGAGGGGCCUACCUCAGAGGAGCUGAGGGGGACAGCCAGGAAGCAGGUCCCUUUGGGAGCAAGAUGUUGGACCUUUAUGAUUUAUGGUAACCAGCCAAGGUACCAGAUUGUCAGGACAGCAGGUGAGCUACUUCAGGGAAGAAAGUUCAGUGGUGGGUGCCCAGAUUGCCAGGGACAGCCACCCUAAUGGGGCAGGGUCUGGGUAUCUGUGUUUAAGAAAUAAACCACCCACCCCCACCACACAAUGCCAGUUCUCGCUCGCUACAUAUGUAUAUAUUUUCCUUGGACAGUGUUUUAUAAAAGAGUUCAUUAAAUUAUCUGUUGUGUUAAGGCUUAAGGGGUGGGGUGUGAACUCUCAGCUGUAUAUUGCUCUGAGGUGGGCAGGAAAGGGCUGGGUCUCACUUGGCUUGGGAAAUAAACAGGCCAGUUUGGACUGGCCUCCAGCUCUGUGACUGGA